UUAAGGGGGUUGUUUUCAGGGGGCAGCCGCCUACUUGAUUAACUGGAGGGGUGCUCUUAAUAAUAAUAUUAAUUAAUAUUUAGCCUAAAUUGCCUAAAAGUGACCAAAACGUCUUUCAUUUUAACACUUGAAUCACUUUGUCGUCUCUCUGCCAAUCCCAAAAGGCAUCUCGAUUCUUCUGCUGCUGCCUUAUUCUCCUCUAUAUAAAAUACUAGUUGUAUUACAUUGACCAUCCCCCCAGUUAUAAUAAAAACAGCUUCUUUCAUUUUUUUUGUAUUAAGUUAUCUAUCACUUUGUAAUCUCCGCUUUCUCCUGCUGUUGCUCCUCUCCUUCCCAUCAAAAGACAGGCUUUUUUUAAAGAAAAAGGAAGAAAGAGAGGUAAAUCUCAUAACAAAUCUUAUAAUUCUUAUUUGGUUGUUUUGUAGUACACGAGAUCUUUGGAGUAAGAUUUCAUUUCUGGGUUUUCUUCUGUUUUUGAUGUUUGGAUUGAUGAUGGGUGUUUGUUGUUUUUGUAUGAUAAAGGGCAUUUUUUUUUUUUUUGAAAGGGAAAGUCUUCAUUAUGUAUAACCUUUAAUUUUUGAUGUUCGAUUGGGAUAUUCUGGUUUCUUUGCUGAUGGAGAUGGGAUGGGGCUUGUUGGUGUGGGUCGAUUUCGUUAAUUUAGCCUUUUUGUGAUGUAACACAUUUGUUGGGUAAAUUUUGUUUUUUUUUUGUUUUUUUGAUUCAAUCGAAGUUAAAAAAUCUGAUUUUACAUCUCUGUUUUUUGUUUUCUUGUGAGAGGUUUUGUGGGUUUAGGAGGUUUUGUACUCUUGAGCAGUUUUUGUUGCCUUUUACCCAGGAUUAACUAGACUACAGCUGAAGUUUUCUUCUUUAAUUUUUUUAAAAGAAAUGGAUCCAUUAUGUGUGUGUAUUAGCUUCGGGGUUUAAUUGUUCAGGGGUUUAAUUAGAGGUUAAACUCAGUGAAGGUGGUUGUUAUAUUAUCCUUAAUUUGGCUGUGAAAAUAGUCAUUCGAGUUGAAUUUGAGAUAAAAUAUUGGUUUGGUUCAUAUUUGUUCAUAUGUUGAAGUUGAUUUAUCUAUCUGUUUAACUUUAAUCUGUUUGCUUUCUGAAUCUUUAUCUCAUAUAUUUGAACCUUCAAAAUUUCUUUGAAAUGAGCAUCAAAAUAGAAUUCAUUCCCGUGAAAAAAGAGCCUAGCUUGGUGGGAGUUUUGGCUUCUUGGGAACUUUAGAUAAAAUGGCAACUGUGAGGCUUGCAACCAACAUGAUCAGCACUGUGCCCGUGAGCCAGAAUUCAAAAGCCUUUGUUAAGUGCCCUCCAUCUAUUGCAUCUGUAAAGAGUGUGUCGAGAACCUUUGGGUUGAAAACCAGCCUCAGUUUCAGGACAACUGCCAUGGCAACAUACAAGAUUAAGCUUGUCUCCCCUGAAGGAGAAGAGCACGAAUUCGAGGCAGCUGAUGAUACUUACAUUCUUGAUGCUGCUGAAUCAGCGGGAAUCGACUUGCCGUAUUCUUGCAGGGCCGGGGCAUGCUCCACUUGCGCUGGAAUGGUCGUUGAAGGGUCGGUUGACCAAUCUGAUCAAUCUUUCCUUGGCGACGAACAAUUGGAGAAGGGAUAUGCACUCACUUGCGUCGCUUACCCAACUUCUGAUUGUGUGAUUCACACACACAAGGAGGGUGACCUUUAUUGAGAGUGUCUAGUUCAGGUGAUACCAGUAGUUUGGUAGGUGCAAUGCAGCAUAUGUUUAGUGUUCACGAGUGCCUUUCUGAAGGAUUGUCGGGAAGUCCAGACGGAUGUCACUAGACUUGGUUCACAUUUACUUCACAUUUUUGUGUAACUCUUGUUCUAAAUUUAUGUGCAUGUCUUUCACCUAGAAAUAACUGGUUCUUUAUGUUGGUUGUGUGUAUGGACAACUCCAUUAUGAAUAGCUUGAAUGCCAUAAAUUGCAGGAGACGCAAACCUUUUAUGUUCCUGAGUCUCAAGUAGGUAUCACAUUAAAAAAAUUCUUCCGUCAUUUUCAAGAAAUCCCACAUCGGGGGUUGAUAUGAAUGAUUUUCUUAUUAUAAGUAGAUGAGUUGAGACUCAUAAUUGCCGGGCUAGGUAACGUCCCAGUGGGGGCAUUAAGUGUUGGGAAGUUGAUUUUGGGUCCUCUUUGAAAAUCUUGGGCUUCCUUCUGGUCUCAUUGACCUUGCCAUGACGCUUAUUAAUGUAGUGAUUCC